GUGAAACCCUCCCUCCAUUUCCAUACCAUGCUCGUCUGACUUUGUGAGAGCAGAGACUCACCUCAGGCAGUUUUUCCACAUUUUCACUCGCGGCCCCUCGUCACAGAGAUUUAACCUCCCAAGUCACAUCGGACGCGUCAAGGGUACCUGGAUGAGCACAUCAAACGAGAGCUUCAUGAUGGACCAGCCAAAGCAAACACGCACAACAGACCACGCAGAGCCGAAGCUGCUCCGCAAGCUUGGAAACAAUGAGAUAUACCAGCUGGCCAUGUAUCUGCUGGACCAAUAUCGAGGCACCUCGGUAUCAGGCCGCUACUCGAUUCCCACGAGUCUCUCGAGAUCUGGCACCGAGUCAAGAAACAAGCUGGUUCAAGUCGUUGAAAGAGCCAUUAUUGAUACGGUGCUCAAUCAUCCUGUUUUGCAGGUUGCAAUUGCGGAUGCGGAGUCUCAAAGCCCCAGAUGGGUUCAGCUCGAGACUCUCAACCUCCGCCACCACGUCACAUGGCAUUUCAAGGAGUCUGAUCUCGAUUCAGCUUUCGAGAAAGAAUUACAGGACCUCCUUGCGGAUGAGGUCGACGCUACCUAUCCUGAGCUUGAUCGUCGGCCAGGGUGGAGGAUUGUUGUCAUACACUUCCAUCAGACAAACAUUUUGGAGAUAGUAUUCACUUGGAACCAUCCUCAUUGCGACGGAAUGAGUGGCAAAAUAUUCCACUCGGGCCUUCUGCAAGCCCUCAACAGCGUUGGCACAGACGCAGAAAAUGUCACCGAUGAUCGCUCAACCAUCAAACUGCCAGACUCACCUCCAGAACUACCGCCACCUGUUGAGGAAAUCUGCAAACUACCUCUAACGGUCCCUUUUAUUCUCAAAACGCUGUGGAAUGAAUGGGGGCCAACAACAUUCAAGUCAACAAUUGCAAGAUGGGCACCAAUACCGCCACGUUCAAGCCCGUUCAAAACACAGGUUCGCGCCUUCACAGUUGACGCCGAGCCGUUGCGGAAAGUCCUGUUUGCUUGCCGACAGCACAAGACCACACUCACCGGGCUGCUACAUAUCCUAACGCUCACCUCUCUCGCUUCGCAACUUACAGAGGAGGCUGCACCUGCAUUUACAAGCGGCACCACCGUAGAUAUGCGGCGAUACAUAGACCCGAAAGCCCCCGGGAGGACCUACCCAUGGUUUGAGCCCCAGAGUACUAUGGGAAAUUUUGUAACAAUCAUGUCUCAUGAGUUUGAGCGUGGCAUCAUAAGCCAGUUUCGGUCCUUGCUCUCACCCCCAACAACGGCUCCCGACGGCCCUAAAGCAGAGACGGCGGUGUUAUCGCCUGAGCUUACUGAUCUGGUCUGGUCGACUGCUGCCAGGGUGCGGAGAGAGCUAGAGGAUAGGGUUCAAACGGGCCUGAAGAACGAUAUGGUUGGGAUGAUGAGGUUCAUAGGUGACUGGCAACAAGAGAUGACCAAGGCAUCUCACAGACCCCGGCAGUUCUCGUGGUGGGUCUCAGGAAUCGGCGUCCUCGACCCGGCGUUAUCGAAGACCGACCCCACCAACGGCAACAGCGCACCAUCACUGCCGGCGCCGGCGGCUGGUAACGGCGACGACAGCUGGGUGCUUCGAAGAGCGCAGUUCAUCCUAAGCACCGAGACGACUGCGGCUGCGAUCAACAUCUCGCCCAUGACGGUGGCCGGCGAGAGACUGUGCGUUGGUGCGAGCUGGCAGGAUUGCCUGUUCGAUGUCUCCCUCGGAGAGCGUGUCAUGGCGGAUCUGGAGGCCUGGCUGAGCCAACUAGCCUAGAAAUUCGGCAGUUCAUCCAGUGCCAGAGCGCUCAAACAGUGGCAUGAAUUUCCGGGAAUGAACUCCUUUUCUCCUCAUUCCAGUAUUCUAGCUAGAAGUAUGAGCAUAGUGAUAGCAUGUAUUCUUUUACUAUGUAAGACUCAUUCGUAUAUUUAUGUGGAAAAGAUUAAUUGUCGUCUUAGUGUGCUUAUUAUUGCUUCAUUUAUACUAUGGGGCAAAGUAUUAAUAGAUCGAGACAAGCACACAUAGGUUCCGUUCUUACCGAUUAUUAAGCCUUCCUCUUUUUUCCCCCGUGAUAUUAGAGAUAGAUAGAUAUAUUAAGGUUUAUAGAUAUAAGUUUUAUUAAAUAAAG